AUGGAGUGUGUGACAUCCGCUCAUUUCGCGAUUCUUUGGAAUGGCCGGCCGUCUUUGGACAUUUACCCUUCCCGGGGUCUUCGCCAAGGGGAUCCGAUUUCUCCUUACUUGUUCGUCAUCAUAAUGGAGCGACUCACUAGAACCAUCAAUCGGGAGGUCAGUACGCGUAAUUGGGAUCCCAUUGUGUUGUCUCGGGGAGGCCCGACGCUUAGCCAUCUGUUAUUCGCUGAUGAUGUUCUGAUUAUGGCCCAAGCUAAUGUCACUACGGCCAAAACUGUUAAUAAAGUUCUUCAUGCUUUUGCGGAGGAAGCGGGCCUUGCGAUUAACUUGAAGCGCAUCUCUCGGAGGCUUCCCCCGUGGCGAGCUAAAUUCCUUAACAAGGCGGCCCGUACUACUCUAGCGCGCUCGGUUCUCUCCACUAUUCCGGUUUAUUUUAUGCAAAUUGCAUGGUUUCCGGAGAAAACUUGCCAGCAAAUUGAUAGCAUCAUUAAGAGAUUUAUUUGGAAAGACCGCGAUGGACGGGGUUUACACCUAGUUAAAUGGCAAACAGUGGCUACGCCGCGUCGCUUGGGAGGCCUUGGUCUUCGUCAAACUCGGCAAAUGAACAUAGCUAUGUUGGGGAAAAAAGUCAGCGAAUAUAUCGAAGGCACUCCAUCUCUUUGGGUUGUAGCUUUGUCUGACCGAUUUGGCAGGGGUUACGAGGGGAUCAAAAGGUCCAAGACCCGGUCCUCUUCUGUCUGGUCAGCAUUGAGGAGGUGCUUUUCCAUCAUUGCGAAUGGUUUCACCUACAGGCUGGGCAAUGGGGAGACCAAUUUCUGGGAGGGAAUUUAUCUUCAAGGCAAACCCAUCAAAUGUCUUGUUUACUAUGUUCAUAUAUCGGACUCAGACAAAUCAUGCCGUCAGUUGAUCGUUAAUGGACGGUUUGAUCUUCAGUCGUUGCACACGUCCUUCCCAGAUCAUAUUAUCAAGGCCCUGACGGACGCUAGGAAUAUUUAUCUUCAUCCUUCUGUGCCUGAUAGGUGGUGUUGGUCGGUUGGUAGUAGUGGUAAAUAUUCAGUGGCUACUUGCUACGACUGGCUACUACAACAGGGCGCUGACACGAAGACGACAUGGAAAAAGAUUUGGAGGCCAGACGUUCCAGAGAAAAUUAAUAUUUUCUGUUGGCUUAUUGGGCAUUGGUCGCUACCUACGAAGGAGUUGCGUCAACGACGACAUCUAGAUUCUACGGGGGCUUGUACGAUUUGCGGGGAUGGAACGGAGACUUGGGUGCACAUGUUUUUUGAGUGCCCGUGGACUGCUCAGGUUUGGGCCGGGCUAAUUCAUUACGGUUUUCCUUAUCGGCUGGCCCAUACAACCCCCCUUGAUAGCCAAGCUCUUGAUUUCAUCGUUCAUGCGCCGGCGGGAUUGCGGUUUGCCCUUUGGUUUAUGUGGGUGGAACGCAAUAACAAGGUGUUUGGUAAGCCAUCUAAAUCUCCUUACGCUGUUGUCAGGGAUAUCUUAUCCUUCUUCCAAUGGUGGCGGGAGACAAGGCGGCGGGCGGACAUGCUCAUGUAUGGGGCUAGUCAAGAUAGUUUUUCUAAGACUGUUACUUGGAACCCUUAUUUUUGUACGGGCAUGAUCUUGUAUACUGACGGCUCGUCAAUGGGUAAUCCGGGUCAAUCCUGCUUCGGAGCCGUCCUGCGCAAUCACGAGGGGGUGUGGAUCGAGGGGAUUUCGGGUAACAUAGGUAUUUCCGACAAUUCUCUGGCCGAGGUGGUCGCGAUUCUCGAAGGAUUAAAUUUAGCAGUGGCUCGUAGGUGCACAACUCUCACAUGUUUACUCCGACUCGCAAGAGGCUCUCCGGCUGAUUCAAAGGGCAUCCGUAGUAAAUCAUGUUAUGGGAGGGCUGCUCAUGAACAUCAUGGACAAGAUCAAUUGGAUUGGGAAUGUGCGGUUUUUCCACAUAUGGAGAGAGGGAAAUUCUGUUGCCGAUAUCUUGGCUCGGAGAGGAGCCAAGGAAGAAGCAUUCUUUACGACUUGGGCUUUUCCCCCGGAUGA